AUGUCAAAUUACUUUAACGUAUUACAACAAGAUGAAGAUGAUGAUUUUGUAAACAUUGUAGAUGAAUCAUCAAUCGAACAACAAAAGUUAAACAUUAUUGAAAAGGAAAAGGAAGCAGCUGCUGAAAAGGAGGAUGCUACUACCUCGGAUAAUGUUCCAACUACUACCGCCACUACCAAUGCCACCCCAACCAACACUACUACUACAACAACAUCAGAUGAAGAACAAGUAACAGAAUCAUUCCCUUACAAACCAACUAAGAGACAAGAUUUACAAUUCGAUGUACAAUUUGACUUUUCAGCAGAGUACAAUGAAGAAGAAUCGGCCAAAGAAUUCACUCAACCAUGGGUAGUAUUCUUUGACAAGAAGAACAAAGAAAAAAUCACUCCAGCACCCGCAAACCCAGGAGAAAACGAUCAAUAUCUUCAAAAUAUUAAAAAGAUUGGAACAUUUAACACUUUAAAUAGUUUAAAGGAAUUAUGGAAAGGUUUAUCAUCACCAGUUGACUCUAAUAUCAGUAUCUUUAAGGAAGGUAUUGAACCAGCUUGGGAAGAUGUAAAGAAUAAGGAUGGUGGAAAAUAUUCUGUAAAUUAUAUGAAAGAUCAUCCAGAAUUUUCAAGAGUAUUAAAUAAUUGGUUUUCUUUAUUAACUACAAUUGUACAAGAAUCAAAAUGGGAACAUUAUAGUCAAACUAAUGGUAUUGUUUUAUCAUUUAGAAGUUGGGGUGUUAGUAUUAAUCUUUGGAAUGAUAAUUCAGACAAUCAAGAUGCUGUUCAAGCUCUCAAAGAUACCAUUCAAAAUAUAUUAAAGGUUAAAUAUGCCAAAUUCUCUUCUCAUAAUAAUACAAUUUUCUUAAAAACAUUAAAAAAGAAUGAUGAAAAGAAGAAAAAGACAAACAAAAUGUAUGGAAAGAUUGAUCACAAUUCAAAUUUCCAAUCCUAUAUGCAAUCUAAUAACUUACAGGUAGAGGAUGGAUGGAGUAUUGUUGGUUCAUCGGUCAGCCAAAACAAGAACCCAUGGUCAUCGACAAACCCAGCCCGUAAGAUCAAGCCAAUGCAAUCGUCAUCUGAUGACUUGAGAACUCGUAGAGACCAACAAAUCGCUCGUGAAAUGCAAAUUGCCAAGGAAAUGCAAUUGUCCAAGGAGUCUCUAUCAAAUACUACCUCGUCGUCGUCGUCGUCAUCGUCUGAACCAGUCCCAGAGAUUCCACAAGGUGUUAAUGCCUGGUCUACUGGUAUCCUCUUUGGAAAGGGUCCAUCUGACAAGUCUGAACAAACUGUCCCAGAAACUACCACUACCACCUCCACUACCUCUGUUCCAUCAUCCAAGAUUGUUGAACAACAACCAGCUUGGGGUGCAGUCAAGAAUGUCGACUGGCAAAGAGAGAUUGAAGAAGGUGAGAUUGUCGAGGAUGACUCAAUUGUCAUUAUUGCCAAGUCAGAGGAAGACAAGCCAGCUGCUGCUGCUGUCGACGUCCAACCAGUUGUUGUUGCUGCUGAAAAACCAAAGGUCAAUGCUUGGGCCACCGGUCUUUUCUUGACUCAAACCAAGCCAGAGGUUGAUACCACCAUCAAGGUUAUCAGACAUGAACCAACCCCACAACCACAAACAGUCAAACAACAAGAGUUGGAAGAAGGAGAGAUUGUAGAAGAACAAGUUGCUGUUGUUCCAGAAAAGGUUGAAAAGAAAAAGACAGUCGAAAAGAAGGAACCAAAGAAAUCUAACAACAACAAAAAGGAAGAAAAGACAAUUGUUGAAAAGAAGGAUGAAAAGAAAAAGGAUGAAGCUUUCUGGGAGCAAGAUAACAACAAAAACAACAAUAAUGAAAAGAAGGAGGAAAUCGAUCCAGAACUCCCACCACUUCCAACCAAGAAGCCAGAUAGAGAAGCUGAGCGUAAAAAGGAGAGAAGAAACAGAUUCAUCGUUCCACAAGUUUCAUUGUGGGAAAAGAAUGAUGUUCUCAAGAUGAUGGAGACUGUUCAAGAGCAAAAGCAAGAGGAAGAACAUAUUGCCACCACCACUGCUGCUGCUACUGUUGUUGUCGCUCCAGUUGCCAUUCAAGAAAGAGUUGUCAUCUCUAUCAAGCCAAAGACUGAAGAGAAAAAGAUUGCCAUCGAGACACGCAAGCCAACCGAAGAGUGGAUCGAAGCCGACAAACCAAAGAAGAAGAAGCAAGUCGAAGAAGAAACUACCGAACAAGACAACAAUACUGCUGAAAAGGUAGUUGAAAAGAAGGUCGAAAAGAAAAAGAUUGAAAAGGUUGUCAUUACUCCAACUCCAACCAAUAUCAAGAACAAAAAUAUUUUAUCAGCCUUGGAGGUUGAAGCACCGCUAGUUGUUACUCCAAAAAAGAACAAGUCUAAUCAAACUACAGCAGUACCAGUUCCAGUUACAACUCAAAAUACUACCACCACGCAAUCAAAUAAUAACAAUAAUUCACAACCACAAGUUAAAAAGACUAAUACUUCAACAACAACAACAACCACCAACAACACUACUACUGCUGCUGCUGUCGCGAAGAAACCAACCACCACUACCAACGCCCCUGUCACUACUACCGCCACUACCAAAAAGACUAACAACAAUACCAACAACAAAUCAGUUACCAAGGCAACUAAUACUACAACAACUACCACUACCAAAUCAACAUCCAAAUCCAAAACCCCAUCCGCCAUUGAAACCAUUUUUACUCCUUCACUCAUUAUGAACCUUGGUAUUGUAUUUGUUGUUUUAUUACUUGGAUUUAUUCUUAAAUAUCUAUUUUCCAAUUAA